CUACACACACAUGGCAACACCCCUGCCAGGUUAGGGGUUCAGCUCACAGCCUCAUUUGGCACAAGCGCCAACCCAUCAUAACCGCUUUUAAGAUUUCCUAACCGCAAAUAUCCUAGAAGUACCCGUCUUAUUUCCACUGUUCCUGCAAAUCAGCAUGUAGGAGCUCUGACGUUUCCUAGGAUCUUUGUGCCGGAACAUUGCCUUUGAAAACAACUACCAAAAUACAUUGAAAGAGAUCAGCGUCUUGUCCUAAGAUGACGAUCGUCAAUUGUAUUCUAGAGCUCUAAGAGCACAACAUUUAAAGAGCCUCGUCCAUCACUAGAUCUUACCCACGAUGCAUUGGGAAUCUUGUCUUACAUCAAAACCCUUAAUAAUAAUAACCCUAGCACCCUGAGCUCUAUCAUUCUCUUUGUGUGGACCUUCUCGUCGUACCCUCGCUAGCCUCAAUAUAAUAAUAGUAAUCACCUUCCAAGGAGACGAUCGAUCCCGACUGAUCGGCAUAAUGCGAUUCGCGUUCACUACCCAGGCUCUCGUCGGCGCCGUCGCCGUGUCAGCUCUGACCGUUCCCCGCUCCGUUGAGAAGCGGUUAACUCUUAUCGACCUCACGCAGUUCGGCAGCUUUCCGACUAUUACACCUGAACAAGCCCAUGCUCAAGCCGAGAAAAUAAAGGGCCCCUUUAGCGACGGACCUCAGUUCAACUUCCCCAAGAUCAUCGGUGGCAAUAAGAGCCCCGCUGCUGGAGAGGAUAAAGUUGUCACCACGAGUGCCGCUGCUGCUGAUGGCACAUGUGAUCGAAAUAACCCAAAGGUUCGCGUCGAAUGGCGGAAUUACUCCCCAGAUGACCGGAAAGCCUUUGUCAGCGCCAUCAAAUGUCUAAUGGACAAGCCCUCUGCUGGAGGAUUCCAGGGCUCAACAAGCCGUUACGAAGAUAUCGUAUCGGUACACCAGCAAAUGACUCCUAACAUUCACCAGCGUGCCACGUUCCUACCUUGGCACCGAUACUACGUCUCUAUUUUCGAGGAUUUGAUGCGGAACGAAUGUGGCUUCAACGCAGCCUUUCCAUGGUGGGACGAGACGAAAGAUGCUGGCCACUUUGCUGACUCGGAUCUUUUCACCGAUGAGUAUUUCGGUCCCCUUCCCGGAAAGACUUCCAACGGCCAAGGUACCUGCAUUGACUCGGGUACAUUUGGUGGACUCAGGCUUCACAUUGGCCCCGGCAGUGGGUUCCAAGAUCAUUGUCUUUCGCGAGCUGUCGAUGAGAGCUUGACUGGUACCGUCAGCGCUCAAUUUGUUCAGGACUGCAACUCCCGCACCUCAUACGAUGACAUGCGAAGUUGCCAGGAACUUGGCCCACACGGCUACGGCCACAACGGUGUUGGUGCAGUUAUGGCCGAAGUUCAGGCCUCGCCCGGAGAUCCGAUCUUCUUCAUGCACCAUCUAUUCGUCGAUCACUCGUUCCGAAUUUGGCAGAACGCCGACGCCUCGCGCACUACUUCUAUCAACGGCUGCUCUGACGCGAACAACCCAUGCACUCAAAUCACUAUGAACUAUGUCCUCUCUUCCAACGGUCUGAAACCCAACACCACCGUCGGUAACGUUAUGGAUACCAUGGGUGGUUACCUGUGUUACCGUUACGACUACUAGCUUUCGGAUGGUAUACCGUAGAUGUCCGCUACGGUCGCUUUCUAUUAAAUAUUUAUCAUGACAUUUUUAUCUUGUAUCGCAUUCGCAUCGAUGCAGAAUAGGCGUUGGGGUUACGGAAAGACUUACGAUACGACAAUGGGCAAUCACAUUCGAUUAGCCAUAUAAUGAUACCCUUUGGGAUAGAAGAAAAGCCAGCCUAGAACAUUCCUUAGAAUCUAUACCCCAGGGAGUGUUUGGUAUAUAGCAUAAUCAGGCAUGGAUGUAUGUUAGUCUAUUAAGUUUUAAAAUUCACUUUCAGCGCUCUUUGCGUCAUUUCAGAUGAUCGACGAUGCAAUCAUCCGAAGCAUAUAUGUAUGUAGGUACACAGCAAGUGGGAUGCUUCGUUGUAACCACACCACACCACCAUCGGCAUGUUUAACACGUGCUUGUAAACCCUAGCUAACAAGGAUAAAAUAUAUGAAUUACACGAUA